AGCGACAAAACUGAAACUUGGCUUAGACCCAUAGUGUAUUGUUUUGCUAUCAUCAUAAAGCUCUUCGUCCUUUUGACUUCUCCUAGUUGCAGAAUGGGUAGAUCUCUCAAUGUGCUUAUUUUUCUUCUUCAGUUUGGUGUAAAAAUAGAGAUGGUCCAUAUGGGUUUCUUGAAAACUCUUCAUCCACGUGCUAGGAUCCCCAAAAACAUCACAAUCGACGAUAAUAUUCAUUGAAUCCUCGAAGAUUGGGUUCCCUUGGACCUUGUUGAGAAGAUAGUAAAGAACAAUUUCUGCGUCAUUAGGCCUAAACUUGACACCAGGUGGCAACUCCAUAUAUAGCUUCUGCACCAGCACUGAUCUGAUGAUGAAUCUUGUUGUUGUGUCGAUAAUGAGUGCUCAAAAGAUCACUGGACUUGAAACUAACCGAGAUCACUGGUGAGGGCUACGACGCCGAUGAUGCUCGGCCGACGUUUGUUUGGGGCGAUUUAUCGGUUUUUGAAGCAUUUCCGGGACAGUUCCACGGCGUCUCAGUCGGAAGAUGGGUUGGUCAAGGAAGGGAAGUAUGAGAUUGCGAUCAAAAGAGUCAAUGCACGCGACGUGUUUGAUUAUGAUUCCGACUUGUACACCAGGAUGGUUAGGUACCCACUUGAAGUGCUGGCGAUUUUCGGCAUUGUUUUGAUGAACAUGGUGGGACGAAUUAACCCCUUGUUUGAAAAUCACAUUCAAACUCGGAUUUUCAAUCUCAAGAGCUCCACUUCAGUGAGAAAUCUUAACCCAUCUGAUGUUGAGGUUACUACCCAGAUCCUGUUGUUACAAAUAGAGGUAAUUUCAUUUGGGGUGUUGUGAUGAUUAUUGGUUUAAUUUGUGUCACAGUAAUUGUUUUUCUUGAAAUGAAUGUAUUUAGUAG